GGCUUGGGUGCUAUAAAGCCAGUGGGGACCCAGCCAUCCUCAGGCCUGCGGGACCAGCUGCAUUGUGAGGUCAUCAGCAAGCAGGUUAUUGUCUCUCACCAUGGCCCUGUGGACACGCUUCCUGCCCCUGCUGGCCCUGCUGGCCCUCUGGGGGCCUGAGCCAGCCCCGGCCUUCGUGAAUCAGCACCUGUGUGGCUCCCACCUGGUGGAGGCGCUGUACCUGGUGUGUGGGGAGCGAGGCUUCUUCUAUACACCUAAGACCCGCCGGGAGGUGGAGGAUUCUCAGGUGGGGCAGGUGGAGCUGGGCGGGGGCCCUGGAGCAGGCAGCCUGCAGCCCUUGGCGCUGGAGGUGCCCCCGCAGAAGCGCGGCAUCGUGGAGCAGUGCUGCACCAGCAUCUGCUCCCUCUACCAGCUGGAGAACUACUGCAACUAGACCUGGGCCGCCCGUGCCACCGGGGCCGGAGUGCUGCUUCCUGCUUCCCGCCCACCAAGAGUUCAAAUAAACCCCCAAAUGAGCCCUA